GCCUCCCCAAAAAAAAGUAAGCAGUGAAAAUUCUAGCCCUGAAAAUUUUUGGUGCGAAGAAAUAUAUAGUGAAGAUCCCAUAGUAAUAGGCUACAUUAACCCAAUUUUCACUACAAAUUAUACUGAGAACUAUGUUACGAAGUAGGUUAGUACCUUUGAGUCGACGUUUAGGAAGACGAUUCAAUUCUUCAGUUACCAAUUCUGAUUACAGUACUAUAGUUUCAAAAUAUCCUAUUGGAUCUAACAUUCAUGGAUAUACUGUUAAAAGAGUUCAACAAUUACCUGAAUAUUCAGCAGUGGCUGUAUUAUUAAAUCAUGAUAAAACUAAAUCUGAACAUCUUCAUUUAGAAACUCCUUCAGAUAAUAAUAAUGUAUUUCUGAUAGCUUUUAAAACAAAUCCUCCUGAUUCAACUGGUGUACCCCAUAUUCUUGAACAUACAACAUUAUGUGGAUCAAAAAAGUAUCCUGUAAGAGAUCCAUUUUUUAAAAUGGCUAAUAGAUCUUUAAGUAGUUUUAUGAAUGCAAUGACUGGUCAUGAUUUUACUUAUUAUCCAUUUGCAACUACAAAUGUUAAAGAUUAUUAUAAUCUUAUGGAUGUAUAUUUAUCAUCAGUUUUAGAACCUUUAUUAACUGAAGAAGAUUUUCUUCAAGAAGGUUGGAGAUUAGAAAAUUAUGAUAUAAAUGAUCCUGAAAGUGAAUUUGGAAUUAAUGGGGUUGUUUAUAAUGAAAUGAAGGGUCAAUAUUCAAAUACAUCAUAUAUUUUUUAUACAAAAUUCUUACAAGCAAUUUAUCCAUCAUUAAAUAAUGCUGCAGGUGAUCCAGCAAAAAUUACUAAUUUAAAACAUGAAGAUUUGGUUAAUUUUCAUAAGGAAAAUUAUCAUCCUUCUAAUUCAAAAACUUUUACUUAUGGUUCAUUUCCAUUAGAAGGACAUUUAAAAAAAUUAGAUGAAUAUUUCUCUAAAUUUGAUCCUCGUCCUCUUGAUAAAACAAUUCAAAAGCCAAUAUUUGAUUCAUCAACUACACCUUAUCUUCAACGGAAAUACUCAGUGAAUGUCAUAGGCCCUCAUGAUUCACAAUCUGUAAAACCAAUUGUAAAUCAAUAUAAAUCAUCAUUGACUUAUUAUUUGGGUAGUUGUCUUGAUGAAAAGAAGCUCUAUGAAUAUUUUAAAUGGAAAGUUUUAAGUUCUUUCUUAUUAGAUGGACACUUUUCUCCAUUUUAUAGUGAGUUAAUUGAAUAUCGUCGUACUCACACUACGGCUGAACGUAUGGCUGAGGAUUUCUCUCCAAAUAUUGGUGUUGAUAUGACAACAUCUUUACUUUCAUUCACUAUUGGUUUUACAGGUUUGAAAAAAGCAACAGUAGUGGAUCUUCCUACUACAGUUAAAGGAGUACUAAUUGAAAAAGUUAUGCCUUACUUAGCAUUACCAGAAAGUGACUGUAAGGAUAGAGUAAGAGCUAUUAUUCAUCAAAUUGAAUUGGGAUUAAAAAAACAUAAACCAGACUUUGGUUUAGGAUUAUUAGAUUCAAUUGUACCAUCAUGGAUUAAUGGAUUAGAUCCUAUUAAAAGUCUUAAUAUAGAACCUAUUUUAGAACGAUUUAAGAAAGAACUUGAAACAAAGCAUUUAAAGGUAUUUGAAGACAUGUUAAAGAUUCUCUUGAACUCAAAUUCAAGAGUAUUUCAAUUCACAAUGAUUCCAGUAGAAUCUUAUUAUGACGAUUUACGAUUAGAAGAACAAGUUAAUUUACAAAAUAAAGUUUUGGAAUUAAAUAAGGAUGAAUUGAAACAACUUCAAGAUAGAAAUAUUAAAUUAGCAGAAAAGCGACAAGAACAAGAAGAUAAUGAAGUUUUACCAACUCUUACUAUGGAAGAUAUUCCAAAAAUUGGAAGUUUUCAUCCAGUUGAAUAUUCUGAUCUUAAAGAAAAGACUACUAUUCAGAAAAGAAUUGUUGAUACUAAUGGAUUAGUUUAUGUAACUGCAGCAGCCGAUAUUGGAUAUAUUGAUCCACUUCAUAUUAAUUUUUUACCUUUCUAUCUUAAUUCUUUAACUGGUUUAAAUGGGACUAUUAGAAGAUCUAUAGGAAGAUUAGAAAAUAAAAUUCAACAAAAUACAGGUGGAGUAUCUUUUAGUUUAAGAGUAGUUCAAGAUCCAUAUGAUAUAACUAAUGCUAGAUUACAAUUAGUAUUAUCAGGUAUGGCACUUAAAUCCAAAUCUUAUCAUAUUUAUGAAUUAUGGUAUGAAAUUAUAAAAGAAUCUCGACUUGGUGAACUUACAACAGAUCUAGUAAGAAAAGUAGAACAAAUUAUUAUAAAUAUGAAUGUAGGUCAAUAUGAUAUGAUUUCUGAUAGGGGUCAUUCAUUUGCUGCCAUGUCUAGUGCUUCCAGAUUAUUACCCAGUGGUUUUUUAAAUGAAUUGGUCAGUGGAGUAAGUCAAGCAAGAUUUCUUCAAGACCUUAAUAAUAGACAGGAUCUUAAAGGAAGUAAGCGUAAUGUUAAGCUAAAAGUAAUUCCAGUAUUAUAUGCAAUGAGUAAAUCAAUUCCUGAUUUGAGUAAGACAACUUUCAAAUAUAGAAUAGUAGGAGAUAAAAAUGCUGUUAUGGAAAAUGAAGCCUACAUAGCCAAAUUUGAUUAUCAUAUGACACAAGGGGAAACCAUGUAUAAGGAUGAGUACUUUGACUAUAUACAAAGGAGAGAUAAGUUAGCAGAAACUAUGAGGAAGAAUGAUGAGUUAAUGAAUUCCACUCGAUACAUUAAACCUAUUAAUGAACCGCUGAUGACGGAUCAUAUUGAAUUUGAAUCACCACCUAUGGAUAAUAUAGAUCAUAUUGUCAAUUCUUUUAAUAAGGGGAAAUAUGGAAAAAACCUAACUGAAAAACGACUCAUAAAUUUACCAUUUCCAGUUAGUCAUACUUCACUUUCAAAACUUGGAGCACCAUAUGCUUCUAAAGAUGGAGCAGUACUUCAAGUUUUAAGUCAAUUAUAUACUUUUAAACAUCUUCAUUCAGUUAUUCGUGAAGCUAAUGGAGCUUAUGGGGGUGGAUUAACUUAUGAUGGUGUAGGUGGAUUACUUAAUUUUUAUUCAUAUAGAGAUCCUGAUCCAUUUAAAUCAAUUGACGCAUUCCAAAAUUCUUUUGAGUAUGGAUUAUUAUCAAACUGGACAGAAAAAGAUUUACAAGAAGCUAAACUUCGUAUUUUCCAAAGUAUUGAUGCUCCUUCAUCUAUUGCCAGUCAAGGUUCAUCAGAAUUUUUUGAAGGUAUUACCGAUGAUAUGAGACAAGAAAGAAGAGAGAAUUUCUUAAAUGUAACUAAUGCAGAUUUACAAGAUGCUAUUCAAAAAUAUUUGAUAGAUAAUAAAAGUAAUCUGAUUACUGUGAUUGGAGAUAACGAUAUAUUGGAUGUAGGAGAUGAUUGGACUAUCACGGAUUUUAGAGAUCGUAAACUCAGAUCCUUUCAAUGGAAUAAACGUGAUUUGUUGAAUAGUCAACAACAACAAUAACCUCUGUAAAUAGUACAAAUACAACG